UUUUAAGACAAAGAAGACAUUUUCCCGGAAGUUGGUGGGCUUGUUUAUGCAUUAGGGCAGUGUUGUGGUUUUCUGGUUGUGGAGUACUAUUUGAUUAAUUGCUUAGCGGUUUAGUUAACGUAAGAUAUCUCGUUGGUGCAGAUGGCUCGCAGAAAGUCGAAGCGCAAGCCUCCUCCUAAGAAAAAAAUGACUGGAAACUUGGACACCCAGUUUACGUGUCCCUUCUGUAACCACGAAAAAUCAUGUGACGUUAAAAUGGAACGAAGUCGAAACACGGGAAUAAUAUCUUGCAGUGUAUGCUUGGAGGAGUUCCAGACCCCAAUUACCUAUCUCUCAGAACCAGUGGAUGUGUACAGUGAUUGGAUAGAUGCUUGUGAAGCAGCCAAUCAGUAGCUUUCUCAUGGGAUCAUGGGUCAUUAAAGACUAAAAGGGCCCCAGAGCUAAGAUGCAUUUUUCUGUUCUGAUAUGCUUCACCUAACAGUAACAUCUUGGACAUCAAGUAGUCCCAUAAUAAAACAAAAAUAUGGGAUAUCUUUCAGACUAUACUUAACCACCUUGUUUCUUUUUUUUUAAAUUGUUACAGAAUGUGAAUAAACAAAUAAAAUGUAGUGUUUAUUAAACAAUGA